AUGAGCCCAGCCGAGGAAAUGCGCAUCAAUCCAGCCAGAGCGCAGGCUCUCACGUCGCAGCUUGAGUCCGUCAAGGCGCGCAUCAGUGCGGUCGCCAACCGCCGGAAUCCGCGACUCGUCGCAGUUUCCAAGCUCAAGCCGGCCAACGACAUUCUGGCCCUCCAUCAAGCACCGGCCUCGCACCGCCACUUUGGCGAAAACUACGCCAAGGAGCUGGCGGACAAGGUUGAGCUGCUGCCGAAAUCCAUCCAGUGGCACUUUAUCGGCCGGCUGCAAUCCAGCGACUGCAAAGCCCUGGCCAGGAUCCCCAACCUGUUCUGCGUCUCGUCCGUCCACGACAGCAAAAAGGCCUCGCUGCUCGACUCGGCGCGCGGCGCGCUGCUCUCGUCCGACCCGUCGCUUCCCCGGCUCGGCGUCCACGUGCAGGUCAACACGUCGGGCGAGGAAGCCAAGUCGGGCUGCCGCCCCGGCGAGGAAACCGUCUCGCUGUGCCGGCACGUGGUGGAGUCGUGUCCGAACCUCCGCCUCCUGGGGCUCAUGACGAUUGGCGCCGUUGCGCGGAGCCAGGCCGCCGCGGCGGGGGGCGAAAACGAGGACUUUGCGACGCUGGGGCAGCAGAGGGACCUGGUGGCGCGGGAGCUGGGCCUGCAGCAGGGCCAGCUGGAGCUGAGCAUGGGCAUGAGCGACGACUUCGAGGGCGCCAUCAGGAUGGGCAGCGGGGAAAUCCGAGUCGGGAGCACCAUCUUUGGCGAGAGACCGGCCAGGGCAGAUGCCAAGAUUAGAGAGUGA